AUGUCACCCAUCAUCAUCGACCGCCUCAUCAAUCUCGAGCACUUCAAGCUCUCCGUGGCACGGCCCCAAGCCCUGUACGAAUCCGCCCCCGCCAAGCCACCCGCUACGCUCAUCACAGCAAGGACCGUCGUGAUCUUAAUAGACCUCAUCGUCGUCGUCCUCAUCGCGCUUCUACUGCUCCUGGGCUACUAUCUCUAUCGUCGUCAGCUCAAAAGGAAACAGAACUUCAUCAAGUCUUGCGAAUCCUCCGAGGAAGAAAAGCCUUCAGGAUCGAACCGAGCAGCAAUCAUGACCAACCAUCCCACAUCUACAUCGACCAUCGCAGAAAAGGAAGAACCAACCUCCAAAAUAUAA